AUGAAGUUCACCACCGCUGCCAUUGCCGCCGCCGCCGCUGCCCUUGUCUCCGCUUCCCCCUGCGGCAAGUCUACCAACGACACCGAGAUCAAGACUGGCGAUGUCUUUCGCAUCAUGAGCAUCCGACCCGGCUCUGACAUCCAGUACGGCUCAGUCCAAGCCGCCAACAGUGGCUUCCUCGUCAACGCCCCCAAGCAGAACGCAUCCUGCAGCGAGGACGUCAACUACGCCUCCUUCUUGCUCACAGAGGCUGGCGAGCUGUUCCUCAAUACUGCCAAUCCUCCACAACAAGCGUAUGUCGACCGUUCUGGCAUGGGCCAGGGUCUCUUCCAGUACACCACUGGUGUACAGGGUGCUCCCCGCAACAGCGAACGUACUGGCUUCACACUCGACGCGGACAGCAAUCUCAUCUUUAAGGACCAGACCAACCAAGAGAUUGGCUUCCAGGCCUGCCCCAGCGCUGCCCAGGGCGGCUACUCUGUUUGGCUGAACUCUGUCCACGACCCCGCUGGUUACAAGGACUGCCUUAACUUUGUUGCCCGCGCGAUCAAGGAAGACAAGCCUAUCUCUUGCAUGUAUACCAGCUCUUAA